CGCGCACCCGCGCUAAACACUUGCUCCACCUCUCGGGGAGGAGACCCCGAGGACCGAUCCGUGGCACCGUCGGAGCGGAGGGUGAGGGCCACCACCCCGCCACUUCUCUCGCCUUUGCCCCACGACGGCCGUCACUGCCGAAGGGGCCGCCAGCCGCGCGCAUCCUGGUCGCCAGCGCCGACCACGGGUGCGGAGGGGUGGCGGCGGAGCCCGGAUGCGGAGGGUGCUCCCGAGGCUGGUACCCCGAGGACAACGGCGAGGCCAAACGGCCGAGAUGUGAAAGUAAAGAAAGGACAUAUAAAAUAACAAAGAUGCUUUUGAGCCAGAAUGUCUCAGUGGUUGGACCCCUUAAUUUGUAUCCCAUGGUGCACAUCAGCCUCAUGUUUGGUAUUUCGUAUGUUUUGCCUGAUUUUUCAGAUGAAUCUUGCACUUUAAAGAUGACAUUACGAAAUUUGCAGUCGAUCUUAUCAUGGGAAUUAAAGAACCAUUCAGUUGUACCAACUCACUAUACAUUAUGGUAUACCAUCAUGAGUAAACAAGAAGAUAUGAAGAUCGUUGGGCACUGUACAAAUAUCACAAGAUCAUUCUGUGACCUAACAGAUGUGUGGGUCAACAUGACAGAGAUGUAUAUCCCCAAAGUGGUUGGAUUCAGAGGGAAUGCAGCUCUGGUCAGUUGUAUGGGCUCUUUCUUCCUGGCAAUGGACACACUGCCUUUGGACCCACCAGAGUUUGAGAUUGUUGGUUUUACAGACCACAUCAGUGUGAAUGUGAAAUUUCAGUCUGUCGCUCCCAAGAUACUAAAUGAGGAAGAAUUACAGUUUUACUUAGCAUUAAUUGAAGAACAGUCAGGGGGGACCGUUAAGAAGGAUAAACCCCCAAAAAAUGGAAACAUCACUGAAAAUUUCAGUUAUGUCAUCGACAAGUUAAUUCCAAAAACAAACUACUGUGUAUCUGUUUAUUUUGAGCCUAAAGAUCCAAGAAAAAUAAAUAGAUCUCCCUUAAAAUGUAUCCUCUUUCAACCUGGAUCGGAAUCAGAGUCAUCAGAAUCUGCCACAAUAGGAGGAAUAAUUGCUCUGUUUUUAAUAGUUGCCUUCAUCAUAAGCACUGUAAUGAUGCUGAAACGGAUCGGUUACAUAUGCUUAAGAAAUGAUUUCCCCAAAGUUUUGAAUUUUUAUAAAUUGUCAGUCUUGGUAUUUCCCGAGCUGCCUCCGUUGGAAAAAGUGGCUACUGUGGAGGUCAUUCACAUCAACAGAAAGAAGAAAGUGUGGAAUUAUAAUUAUGAUGAUGAAAGUGACAGCGAAAAUGAAGCAGCCCCCCGAAUAAGCGCAGGUGGUUACACCACGCACGGACUAACGGGCAGGCUGUGUCCCACCUCCGUGUCCUCGGCCACCUUGGAGGACUGCAGUGACCUGGCUGCUGAGGAGAGUGACCUGCCCGAGGCUGAUGCUGAGGCCCUGACGGCACCAGGGCCCAGCCUCUGGCAGUCGGAAUGCACAAGUAGGGGCUACCAGGGGAGAGGGAACCAGCUGCAGGACCCCUUUUCCGAGGAGGACAGCAGCUCCACGGAGGGGUCUGGGGACAGAAUUGUCUUCAAUGUGGAUUUGAACUCUGUGUGCGUGAGGGCCCUUGAGGACAACGACGACUCAGAAGUCACUCCAGUGUUACCGUCUCGUCCAGAAGAGACAGUCGUGCUAGAGGACCCUGACGAGACAGAGUCGAACCUUCUGGUGGCCAGUGGAGAAGGGACACAGCUGCCCUUCCCCGGCCCCUCUGCGGAGUGCCCGUGGCCUGAAGAUGCUCCUUCUGAUAAAAGUGACACUUCUGAGUCGGAUAUUGACAUGAGGGAUGGUUAUGUAAUGAGAUGAAUGAAUCAAGA